UCUGCGUUUAUUGUUUGAUCUCAUUAGCUGGAUGGGUAUGCACUUGAAAUGGAGUGGCUUUUCUAGGAAUCUGGCCCCUCUGGAAGUGCCAGGGUAUGGGGGGACAGAAGAAGGGGCAGAAACGUGGUCUGUGUCUUCGCGGGAAGGGUUGCUUUUGACUGACCACAGGGUCUGCCACUCCAGAUUGUUCUCUGGUUCAGCUCAUGAGAAAUUGGUAGUCGGAUUUGGAGAUUAGAGGGCUUCCCGCCCCCCCCCCCCCCCCAUUGGGCAGGACCGGGUCUCAAGUAUUCAAUUUCCUCAGCAGUCUUCGCUGAGAUUUUCAUAGGAGCCCGUGGCUUGCUCAAUACAUGUGUUAACACACAGCCUCUUUGUUUCUCGAGCGUUUUGGUUCUUGCUCUCAGACUUGGGUAGAUAACAGGUGACUGAGACGUUAGGAGACCAGGGACACCAAGUAUUGGAGGACCUUGAGGCCGGUCUGAGCCGGACCACAGUGGACAGAAGACAUCUUCAGGAUUCUUUUCGGAGCAGAUUCAUCAGGAUGAGCCUCCCGGCCCCACCCAGACUCGUGGAUCUGGCAGGUCAGAGCCUGCUGAAGGACCAGGCCUUGGCCAUCGCUGCUCUGGAGGUGCUGCCCAUGGAGCUCUUCCCACCACUGUUCAUAGCGGCCUUUGCUGGGAGGUACAGUGAGACCCUGAAGGCGAUGGUGCAGGCCUGGCCCUUUGCCUGCCUUCCUCUGGGGGCCCUGAUGAAGGAGCAGCAGCCUCACCAGGAGAUCUUUCACGCUGCACUGGAUGGACUCGACGUCCUGCUUGCCCAGGAGCCUCGGCCCAGGAGGUGGAAACUUCAGGUGCUGGAUUUACGGAAGAAUGCUCAUCAGGACUUCUGGACCGUGUGGUCUGGGACCAGGGCCAGUAUAUACUCCCUGUUGGAGCCAGAGGUGGCCCAGCCCGUGAAGAAGAGGCGAAAAGUAGAUAGUUGCAGGCCAGGGCCCAAGCAGACCUUGGCUCCUGUGGAGGUGCUUAUCGAUCUUUGCCUCAAAGAAGGCACCACUGAUGAGUCUCUCACCUACCUCAUCCAGAAAGUCAAGCAGGGCAAAGGUCUGCUGCACCUGUGCUGUAAGAAGCUGAAGAUUUUCGCCAUGCCGAUGCAGAACAUUAAGAAGAUCCUGAAAAUGGUGCAGCUGGACUCUAUCCAGGAUUUGGAAGUGAAUUGUACCUGGAAACUGUCCACCCUGGGGAAGUUUGCUCCUCACCUGGGUCAGAUGGGCAAUCUGCGUAGGCUCCUCCUCUCCCACAUUCACAUGUCUGCCCACUCCACCCCCACGAAGGAGGAACAGUGUGUCAACCAGUUCACCUCUCAGUUCCUCAGGCUGCACUACCUUGAGGAGCUCUAUUUGGACUCUAUCUCCUUCCUUAAGGACCGCCUGGACCAAGUGCUCAGCUGCCUGAAGACCCCCUUGGAGACCCUGUCAAUAACUAACUGCCUGCUUUCGGAAUCAGACUUGACGCAUCUGUCCCAGCACCUGAAUGUCAGUCAGCUGAAGGACCUGGGUCUCAGUGGGGUCAACCUGACCUGUAUGAGUGCCGGGCCCCUCCAAGUUCUGAUAGAGAGAGCCUCUGCCACCCUCCAGGACCUGGACUUAGAUGAGUGUGGGAUCAUGGACUCCCAGUUCAGUGCCAUCCUGCCUGCCCUGAGCCACUGCUCACAGCUCAUGACUUUCAGUUUCUGUGGAAACCCCAUCUCCAUGGCUGUCCUGGAGGACCUGCUUCACCACACCGUCGGGCUGAGCAAGCUGAGUCACGUGCUGUAUCCCGCCCCCCUGGAGAGUUACGAGGAUGUCCGUGGCACCCUCCACCUGGGCAGGCUUGCCCACCUGCAUGCCAGGCUGAAGCAGAUGCUGCAGGAGCUGGGGCGGCCUGGCAUGGUCUGGUUCAGUGCCAACCUCUGUCCUCAUUGUGGUGAUAGGACCUUCUAUGACCCGGAGCCCAUUCUCUGCCCCUGUUACAUGCCUGUGUAGCUGGAUGCAUGUAUCCCAGGCCUCGUUCUGGGCACUUGGAUGCUG